CUACUGGUGCCAUCCGAGCUCCACUUCCCUUCCGCAGAGAAGAUGUGUCUGCAGAUGGACAGUGAACAACGCAGCGUUGAAGCCAGUGUUUCUGUGACCUUGAAUGUGAAAGGACAGAUUAUUACGCUGUACAAUGGGAAGAUGCCCCCUACUGGCCGCCUCCAGUGCUACAGCUUUCAGGUUCCACCACCGGCAGGGGGACAAGACGAGGUGGCUGAGAUCCAAAUAUCAGGGAGCGGUGCCGUAGAGUUUAAAGAAAGUAAAUCUGUUCUGAUUCGGAGAAUUAACAAUGGCGUCGUCAUCCAAACAGAUAAACCUACGUAUAGACCGAGCCAGACGGUUAACUUUCGUAUUGUGACUCUGGACGAGAAAUUUGUGGCUUCUAAGAAACCGUAUCCCAUUGUGGAAUUAAGGGAUUCUAACAAUAACCGAAUUGCUCAGUGGCUGGAAGUUCAACCCAAUAUGGGAAUUAUUGACCUGAACUUUAACUUAACCUCCGAACCUCUUUUGGGAAGCUACACCAUUAGCGUGGACAACGGGAAGGCUUUGAAAACCUUCAUUGUUGAAGAGCAAGUUCUUCCGCGUUUUGAAGUCACCAUCGAAAGCCCUUCUGAGAUCUAUGCACCGGACCCCACCUUCCAGCUGAAAGUCUGCGGCAGAUACACAUACGGGAAAGGAGUAGACGGUCAGUUCAGUGUUAGCAUGUGCAGGGAGAUGGCAUGGUACUAUAUGAACGGAAAUAACAUUUGUAGUAAUGCUGACGGAGAGACAGAUGUUAACGGCUGCUUUUCAGCUACGGUCAAUACUACCGACUUCAAUCUGACGGAGUUCGGAUACUUUAACUUUUACAUUGUGAUGGUCGCUUCUUUGGUGGAAAGAGGAACAGGGGUAAAGCUUGAGGCAUCUAGAAAAGUUCCUGUUUCAUACGUGUUGGGAACAGUGAGAUUUGAGGACGUGGACACAUACUACAAAGUUGGAUACCCCUUCCAUGCGAUGUUGGUGGCGCUGAACCGGAAUGGAUCGCCGUCCAAGUUCCAGAAGGCUUCUCUCCAGAUUCAGAUAGCAGACGCCGUGAUUGAGAUGGAAAAGCUGACCGACAACAUGGGACAAAUUCACUACAAUCUCGACACCUCUAAAUGGACCGGGACCGUCAAUCUGAGAGCUUAUGUGAUGAAAACCCCUUAUAACGACGCACGGUCAGAGCUGACUUCCUAUUAUAAUGAAGCGUAUCACACGGUCCGUCCGUACUUCAGUGAAGCUCGGAGUUCGGUGAAGUUGGAGGCAGUCUAUGGGGUCAUUUCUUGUGGACGCCAAGUGAACGUAAACGUUACCUACGAGCUGAGUAAAGAGGACCUGAGACCGAACAGCAACAGUGUGGCGUUCUACUACCUGGUUAUCGGUAAAGGGGGGAUUCUGCUAUUUGGACAAAAACCUAUUCCGAUUGGCCGGUCAAACCCUGUCAAAGGGGUUCUAACGGUUCCGGUGGUCUUCACCUCCGACUUCGCUCCAGGACCUAAGAUGAUUGGCUACAUUACGUUAAGAGAUGGGAUGAUUAUCGCAGACAGAUUGAAAUUCAAAGUGGAAUAUUGCUUCCGGAACAAGGUGAAUCUGAAAUUCCCUCAGGAAGAGGCUCUCCCGAAAUCUCAGCUGAAUUUACGCGUGGAAGCCGCGGCGGGGUCCCUGUGUGCCCUCCGAGCGGUGGAUAAGAGCGUCCAGAUCUCCUACAUGGAUCAGGAGCUGACUGCGCAAAAGAUUUACAAGCUGUUUCCAUUCUCGGAACGCUCCGGAUACAAUUACCUGGUGGAUGAGCUUCAGUCCAAUCCAUGUUGGGUGUUUCGUUCUCAGACGUGGAAAAUUCCAUAUCAAAAUAACUUUGUGGAUAUUCUAGGUCUUUUCAGGGACAUCAGUGUGAAGAUUUUGACGAACCUUCAUAUUCAGAAGCCGCUAGAGGAGCCGGAGCCGUGUUCACUUCCGAUGAUUGGCAGUGUGCUUGAGCCCGUAAUGUUGAAAGAAUCGGUAGUCCCUGAGGCCCCAUUAAUCAGAGGUGAUUCGGAAGAGAAGAUUCGCAAGUAUUUCCCCGAAACCUGGAUAUGGAAACUUGUGCCAGUAAGUAAGAUGGGCCAAGCAGACCUUAAGGUCACCGUUCCGGACACCAUCACCGAAUGGAGCGCAGGGGCGUUCUGCACGGGGCCGGACAGCUUCGGCCUCUCUCCUGCGGUUUCUCUGCGGGGUUUCCAGCCAUUCUUCGUGGAGCUUAUUCUGCCGUACUCUGUGGUGCGAGGAGAGAGGUUCGCUCUCAAAGCCUUGGUUUUUAACUACCUGCAGCAGUGUAUAAAGAUAGCGGUAUCGUUAUUGCCCUCCCAAGACGUACAGGUGUCGAAGUGCCUGGGCUGCAAGACCUCUUCCUGCGCAUGUCCAGAUCGAGCGGUUGCCUUUGAAUGGGAUAUCACUCCUCAAAGAGUCGGCUCCGUGACCCUUACAGUGAGAGCUGAUGCCAUAAACAACAGCACUGAGACCUGCGAGGGAAAACCGGUUUUUAAACCCACUAGUGGACAGACGGACAUUAUCAGAAGACAACUGCUGGUUAAACCUGGAGGUGUCAGGAAAGACAUCACCCAAACUUUCUUCUUGUGCCUGAAAGUUCAGGAAUCUUUCUCCUUGGCGCUCCCAGAGGUGCCGGUGGAGGAUUCUGUUAGCGCAGCAAUCUCCGUGAUGGGCGACGUGCUGGGCAGUGCUUUACAGAAUCUGGACCGGCUGAUUGUGGCCCCGUAUGGCUGCGGGGAGCAGAACAUGCUGAACUUUGCUCCCAUUAUAUAUGUCCUGCAAUACUUGGAGGCCACGGGUCAGCUAAUGAACGAGCUGAAAACACGAGCCACGGGCUACCUGCAGAGCGGAUAUCAGCGGCAGCUCACUUUUAAGCAUAUGGAUGGAUCAUUCAGCGCCUUCGGACAGUCGGACGGUGAUGGCAGCAGUUGGCUCACUGCAUUUGUGGUGAAGUGUUUUUCCCAGGCAAGGAGUUACAUAUUUAUUGACUCGGACGUGAUCAGCAGAGGGGUCGCUUGGCUUUCAUCCCUUCAGGAGCCUGGAGGAUGUUUCACCAACAAAGGGAAACUUUUCCACACGCUCAUGAAGGGCGGUGUGGAAGAUGAUGUAUCGCUGUCUGCGUAUAUCACCGCUGCCCUGCUAGAGGUUGGCAUCUCGGAAAACGACAUCAUCUUGGCCAAUGCUUUGAACUGCGUGAAGGGAAAAGUCUUGGGGUCAACAAAUCGUUACACCCAAGCUUUGCUUGCCUACACCUUUUCGCUGACAGGCGACACUGCAACGAGACAGAUCCUUCUGGAUAAGCUCUACUCAGCAGCCACAACUUCGGGAGGGCAGAUGUUCUGGGAGUACAAGCUCCUCGCUUCGAGUGCGGUGUCAGCCAACGUGGAGUUAACUUCUUAUAUUCUGCUGGCCUUGGUCUCAAGACCCACAGUGAGUUCCGAAGAGAUCCAGAAAGCAUCCCAGAUUGUUAAAUGGUUGACCAAGCAGCAAAACCCCAAUGGUGGCUUCUCGUCCACACAGGACACAGUGGUGGCCAUUCAAGCUCUAGCGAAAUACUCGAGAGCCACGUUUAACGACCAAGGGAGCUUGUGUGCCACGGUGACCGGAGCCAAGGGCUUCACAAAGAGGUUCCAUGUGGAUAAACGGAACCGGCUCCUGCAGCAAACGGCCGCCCUGCCAUUGGUGCCGGGGAAGUACUACCUUCUUGUUAACGGCAGCGGCUGCAUCUAUAUACAGAGUGUUCUAAAGUACAACGCGUAUCCAAAAGCGAACAACUUGGCAUUCAACCUAAGAGUUGAAGCUCAUCCUUUCACUUGCAGCAAUGGGACCCUAACGGAAUUCCUACUUCCCAUGUGGGUCAGUUACAACGGGAGUCGAGAUUUUACCAAUAUGGUUGUCAUAAGGGUGGAAAUGCUGUCGGGGUACAGAGCACGAGAGGACACAAUUAAACUGCUUCUCAGUUUCCCUCUUGUUAAGAAAGUCAGCCUUGAUCUGGAUUCUGUGACCAUAUAUCUCGAUGAGCUCAAGCGCAGCACGGAAAUGUUCUUGUUGGUUAUUUCACAAACGAACGUCGUCCAAAAUCUGAAGCCGGCGGUUGUCAAGGUUUACGACUAUUACACUCCAGAGGAGAACACAGUGGCCAGCUACAUCGCAUCCUGCUAA